AUGACGCCAUCUGAACCCUCAACACCCCCAGCAAGUCAGAGCAGACCUCCCGUCCUACGUACUAUCAGCUCGCCGCCGCUGCCAGCUGCGUCGCCGUUGGGGUCACUGAAGCUGGACUAUCUACAGCAGCCCUCAUCCCUAAAAAUCGUCACUCGACUAACGCCUCCAACCUCUCCCGAACUUGCAAGACCUAAUAUCAACUCCGACACAUCUAAAGGCGCUGAGCACCCUAGCAACUCUUUGAUAUGCAUUUUGCAAAAACAAGGCAAACCUAUCUUAUGCGAGGAUAGCCUUCAGGAAGGAAAUGUGCCGCGCAUUAUUGAAUGCCCGUUCGAGGUGGAAGUUGCCAGAGACUCCGCAAACCGCCCGCAAGUUUUCGGUCAAGGUGCGUGGAGUAAGGUGUAUCAAGCAAUAGUACGGCGGCCGAAUACCGUGUCUUCGGCGUCCUCGCCACAUAGUAUCCUGACGCCUCCUCCGUCUCCUCAGACCUCGGUUCCUUUACUGGUUGCCGUGAAAACUCCUCUCUCGAAUGCGUCUCGAACGGUACUCCGAAACGAGGCCAUCACCCUGAGCCAUCUGACAAGCACACCUCUCCAUGAGAACUUUAUCAUCCCAUUUCAUGGUUACGUCAGCUCUACCUCCUCUCUUGUCCUUGCACCUGUCCCUUUGUCGCUGUCUGAUCACAUCGGUUCUCGUGCUCGGCUUGCUCGCGAAAACCACCCAGAGAGGGAUUACACGGAUCCUGUACUUGGCCCCGGAAGCUGGCUAAGUUUGGCUGGCAAAACCACCACCGCCCUUGCAUGGCUCCACGAUGUUGGUGGUGUUGUCCAUGGAGAUAUUAAACCAGGAAACAUUCUUCUUUUGCCAAGUCGCUCUUCGGAUGACUUUGCCUUCGACCCGCUGUUGAUCGACUUCUCUUCUUCCCAUAUCCUUUCCUCAACAAGUCCGAUCUCGAACACGCUGUCUGCCCUGACCCGUGAAUAUACGGCCCCCGAACUACUCUCGCCAUCUGUCCUCCGAGAUCCCUCGGCAGUCGCCAAGACCGCUUCCGACGUCUUCUCACUAGCCGUGACCCUCAUUGUGGCAGCUACGGGAGAGCUGGCAGUUUAUAGUGGAAGUGUCCUGCGGAGGCAAUAUAUGGCCACACAAGGGUGGCGCAUACUGGAGUUUGUGAAGAACGGAGAAGGCGGGAUGAGAGUACCCAGUGGUGGCGUCGUGGAAAGGGUUGUCGAGGAUGCCGUAAGGAAAGUAGAUGAUGCGCGAAUUCACGCCUCAAGGUGGAGGGACUUGGUCAGGGGGAUUCAGAAAGAGGAAGUACCGCACCGGGAAAUGCAGGAUGGCUGA